GAUGCGAGUGCGAGCGAGUUUGUACAAGUUGACGACGAAACAAGAAACGAACAGAAUUGACAGCUGACAGCGUAGAAGUCGACAACAGUCGACAAGAUCACGAGACGAUUAUAAGCCAAGGUAUUCGAACCGUGUACAGUGCAGUCUUAAAUCGUGAACAAUGGAACAAAGUUUUGCAUGCGAAAGAUAUCGAUUAGAUGGCGAUUCCAUCAUCAUUUCCGACAGCGAUGAAAAUGAUGUUGAGAAUUUUGCUACUGCGUCGUUUGACAGACGUGCAUUCGUCAUCGACAAGAGUUACGAGGAUGCUUGUGUUUUCGCAAACUCGACAACAAAAAGAAAUAAAUCCAUUGAUGAUACACCAGUUGCUGGCCUGACCAAACGCAUAUCUCAAAGAAGAAUACAAAUAGAUUCUAAUAGAGAAAAUCUUACUGAUUUUCUUAUUUCAUAUUUACCGAUUACAAAUAAUAACAAAAAAAGGAAGGACAUUAGUCACGAUAACAGUAGAGAAGACAUAAAAGGAUUAAAACUCGAUUCUUCUAAUGAAUCUUUUGUUGAGAAUAUUAAUUUACAUAAACAAGAUUAUAUUGAUCAUGAAAUAUCAAGUCAUAAAAUAUCAGAUAAUAAAAUGCACGAAACUGAAACCUCUCGCGAUAUAGCUGUGACUAUUGUACUUGAUACAGAUUCCAGUACUGGAAGAAAUAGUGACUCUGAAGUAGCAUUAUCUUUUGCAAAACAAAAAAUUGGUAUUGGAAAUAUGGAUCCAUUAGUGCAAAAAAGAGCAAUUAUGUUUCGCAAAUUGGAACAGCUUAAAGAUCAAUUAACAAAAACAAAAUUAUUGCUCACUGAAAGGAAUAUUGAAUUAUCUGAUAAAGGACAGAGAUUGCAUGAAAGUAUACGCGAACAAGAAAUAGAAAUUGAAAAAUUGACAUUUGAUCUAGAGAAAAUACCUUUGACACAAAGCUUAAUUAGCCAAGAAAAUAUAUCAAAAAAACCACAUUCAGCAGAAAAAAAGUCAUUGCCCAUCGAAAAUGAAUACUCUGAUUCGGAUGACUCGGAUGAUUUGGAUGACUCGUCGAAUGGCUGGGGUGCCUGGGAUGACUCGGAUGACUCGGAUGAUUCAGAUGAUUCAGAUUAUUCAUAUUUUGAUUUUAGUGAUAUACCAUUGUAUCCAACUACAUUUCCUGGAAAAAAAUUAGGCAAAAAGGCACAAGCGACAAGAGAUAGAGAACUUGCUCUAACAGUGGAACGAUUAAAAGAUUUGCAUGGAUCACUCAUCGCUCGUCCAUCAGAGAACAAAAAAGCGGAAGAUCCAAGGGGAUUAAAAGUACAAUUAAUGCCACACCAAAAGCAUGCUCUUGCAUGGCUUCUAUGGAGGGAACAGCAAAGACCGGCGGGUGGCGUUUUAGCUGAUGAUAUGGGUUUAGGUAAAACACUGACUAUAAUAUCUUUGAUUGUAACCACUCUUGCUCAAAAAAAUUCAAUCGAUGAAAGCGAUGACACUGAUUGCGGAUUGAGCAACGAUCGUAAACCUUCAUCUACAGAUUAUAAAGGUGGUACUCUAGUAGUAUGUCCUGCAUCUUUAUUAUGUCAAUGGGAUAAUGAAGUGCGCAACAGAUGCAGACGCGAUCUACUAUCCGUCGAGAUAUAUCAUGGCAGCAAUCGAAAGAGUAUUCCUAAACGCUUGUCAAAAAAUGAUAUAGUUAUAACGACAUACAACAUAUUAAGUCGAGAACAUAAAAUGAGAUCUACAUUAUAUAAGAUAAACUGGGAAAGAGUGAUACUCGAUGAAGCUCAUAUAGUGAGAAAUCAUAAGAGUCAAGCAUCCUUAGCUGUCUGUGGACUCAAGGCAGAUAAACGGUGGGCCCUCACUGGCACACCUAUACAAAAUAAAGCAUUAGAUUUAUACUCUAUCCUAAAGUUUCUGAAGUGUUCGCCGUUUGAUGAUUUACGCGUUUGGAAGCGAUGGGUAGAUAAUAAGAAUGCUGCAGGCUAUCAAAGAUUGGCAACAGUUAUGAAGACUUUGAUGCUGAGAAGAACUAAGCAAGAAUUAAUGGAAAAGGGUGAUUUGGAAACUUUACCCGACAAAUCUAUUGAGGAAGUGAUAGUGAAACUCGAUCCACAAGAACAAUUGGUGUAUGAGAAAAUUUUAAUUUACUCGCGUACUCUGUUUGCACAAUUUUUAGCUCAAAAAGCAGAAAAGGAACAUAUGUUUGACUUGUAUAGUGGAAAUUAUGAUGUGCAUGUCUAUCUUUCAAAUCCAAAUAAAGAAACGCAGUUUACAAAAGCUCAAAAUAAAUUAUUAGCGAUGCAUGCCGAUGUAAAAACGCAUGAAAUAUUAGUGCUUUUACUACGAUUACGUCAGUUAUGUUGCCAUCCGGCAUUGAUUCACGCGAUGUUAGAUCAGGAUGACGUGAAGCAAAGUGGGAUAAUGGAUGCGGAUAAUGUAGAUCCUGAGUUAUUGUCACAAGUAAAUAGUAUCUCGCUUAAUGGAAUUGAUCAGGAAGAGGAAGAUGUUAAUAUUAAUGAAAGAGUAGUAGGAAAUUUACUUACUAUUGAGAAUCUGGUAUUUGAUGAUGAUCGCAUUAGUUCUAAAAUGAGGAUGUUGCUUAAAAUGAUCAAAGAAAUUUUACAAAAAGGUGAGGAUAAACUCAUUAUUGUUUCUCAAUGGACCACUCUGCUAGAUGUUAUAGCAUCCCACCUACCUUCAAUAAAAGACGCUACAUUUAGCAAAUUUACUGGGAAUGUUGCUAUCAAGGAUCGCCAAAAUGUAGUGGAUUCCUUUAACAGUCGAAAUUCUGGUCCGAGAAUCUUGCUGCUCUCUCUUACUGCUGGUGGAGUAGGAUUAAACUUGGUAGGUGGCAAUCAUUUAUUAUUGUUUGACAAUCAUUGGAACCCACAACUGGAGACACAGGCGCAAGAUAGGAUUUAUCGCUUUGGUCAGACAAAAAACGUCUACAUCUAUAAAUUUAUUUGUGUUGAUACAAUAGAGGAACGCGUAAAAGCUUUGCAGGAGCGAAAGCUCGAAAUUGCGAGAAAUGUUCUCAGUGGCGAUAAAAAUAAUGUUUCCAUGAAACUCACUCUCAAUGAUCUUAAGUCACUGUUCGGUUUUUAAUCUAUUUUAUUUUGUGAUAUGUAUAGAGUAUAAACGUAAUAUGAUGAUAGUUACAUAUAUAUGUAUAAAACUCUAUUUUACUUAAACUUUAAGUAUAUAAAACGUUUUUGUUAUAUAAUUUAUAACUCUCAUAGCGAUAUAUAUUUACUUUACUAAAUGAGAUAAUUUUUCAUAAUACUAAAUAAUAUUCUAUGGAUGAUGUUUUUUUCUUGCUACUGUUGAUUUUAUUUGUCUUAGAUAUUGAUAUAGGCUAAUAUCUGAACUUUGAUUCUUCUUUUGAUUUCCAUUAUAUUAAUAUAUACUUUGAAAGUUUUUAUCUUUCUAACAAGACUUUGUAUAUUGAUGCAUAGUGAUGUGAUAUUCCUGACAUUAAUGUAUAAAAGAAUGAUACACAUUCUUAUUUUGCAGUUAUAUUGGACAAUAAAAAAAUUUAUAUUUUUAUCAAUAUCAUAGAUAUAACGUUUUAUAAUUUUAUAAUUAAUAAAUAAAGAUAAAUAUAUUCUUUUUGUUUGUUGCGUCUAUGUCCGGGCAUUGUGAUAACUAUGUUGCUCUCUUGGAAUAAGAGAAGUAUGGGAGUCAGAUAAAUAAAAAACGUAAAAAAAUCAGAUAAAUUUCAAGACAACUCUGCGUACAAUCUCAAUCAUCUCGAAAAACUGCACAUAUUUCCCUAAAGAAACUUAUUACCAGAAUCUUUGCGAGAGUGCAAUUCUGUUGUGGUUUCAAAAAUUUGAGCAUGUACUCUUGACUUUUGAAAACAAGCGUAAUUGUCAAUUAAUGUUAAAGUAUCAUUAGUAUUUAGUGUGCUAGAUAACGUCCAAUAAUGGAAAAAUACUGUUUUGAUGUCAUACCAUGUAUCAUCAUAUCGGGUAGAUAUGCUUCUACAAUUUUCAAUACAAGUACCCUUAUAUUGAAAAAGAAGUACAGCCAUUUUAUAUAUAUGUAGGCAGAAUUUCAGAAGCUGUGAAAAAUAUGAAGAGUAUAUAUAGUGCGCAUAUAGAAACAAGAAAUUUUGCGUCAUAUUAUGUGCCAUUUAUACACAUACACAUUUCUUAUUCAACUUAUAAAUUACAUACCAAAUGUGUUCCAAAAAUCCACAAAAGAUAAUAUCGAUCAAUAUCAUAUUGUUGCAAAUGAUUGAUUCUUCUGUGCAAUAUAUCGUUUAUAUAAAAAAUUUUUGUUUAAGUUAGCUUUCUUUUUUUUCAUGAAACAAAAUAUUUUUGAAUGUUGAAAUUUUUAUAAAAAUUGUUAAAUUAGAAUAUUACGAAACGCACGUUGUUAAUUUUUUUAUGCCAUAUAUUAUUUAACAACUGUAAUUUAAAAAAAAAAAUUAAAUUUAAAUUUAAUAACGACUUCUCGAAAUAUGAAAACUUGGAAUUCGAAGAAUACC